GACAUUCCAUCGUGAAAACACGCCUUGCCGCGCCACGUUAUAAAAACCGAAGUAUUUCCCCCCGCUCAGGCCCAGUGCUACGACAGUGAGUUAGUAUAAAAAACUUGUCAUUGUUGAUUGCAGUAGGCUGAAACAAUCAUAAAGCUUUGGGGGUGUUGUAGUCGUAAUGUGCCCUGAUCAAACAUCAAAUCCAAAAUGUAUACUAUUAUUCAGUGGCAAACGGAAAUCUGGUAAAGAUUUCUUCACCGAUUUGCUAAUUGAAAGGAUUGGUCACGAUAACGGUGUUAUCGUAAAAUUAUCAGCCCCCAUAAAAAAUCACUGGGCCCAAUUAUGUGGUUUGGAAUUAUCCAAAUUACUGGAUUCGUCGUCUUAUAAAGAAAAAUAUCGGCAGGAUAUGAUUAUCUGGGGAGAAUCAAUGAGAGAGAAAGAUUAUGGAUACUUCUGUCGUCAUGCAAUUGAAAUGUGCCGAGCUACAGACAAAUCUGUGUGGAUAGUAAGUGAUGCUAGAAGAAAAACCGAUAUUAAAUGGUUUCAUGAAAAUUAUAAAAAUGUUAAAAACAUUCGGAUCUUUACAAGUGAUGAUGUCAGGAAACAACGUGGUUGGACUUUCACUGAAGGAAUUGAUGAUGCACCGUCAGAAUGUGACUUGGAUGAUUUUACAUCAUGGGAUUUUGAAAUAGAAAAUAAUGGUAAUACUGGUAACGUGGAGGAAAGUUUAAAUCUUAUCUUACAAUUAAUAAAGCAGGAAGUACCAGUAAUUCAAGGAACAAAUUAAACAUGCUGAAAUAAAAAUAAUAUUUACUAUAAUUGCCCUCAAGAGAGGGUUGGGUUUGAGAGAACUUUUCAGCAAAAUGCAAGGUAGAAAUUCAAUCACAAAAAUAAAAAAAUAUACAAAUUUAUUUACACAGAUACAGCAUAAUUGCUUCUCCUGCCAUUAAACACCAGAUGUAGUCCACAAAGUUCUGUACAGGAAACACCCAACUUUGUGGUCAUUUACGUUUUACAUUGUUUACAAUGUACAGAGAUAGAUUCUUUUCUCAAAAUAAUUUUAAUACUUCCUAAAAUAAAAUUUUAUCUAGAUAUCAUGGUUUAGCAAAGACAAUAUUAUAAACGUCCUGAAAUUGAUUCACAAAAUGAACUUCUAAGCCAUCAGUUAUAUACUUUGGCAAAUCAUUGAAGUCCUUUUUGUUUUCUUCUGGAAGAAUUAUACAUUUAACACCUACUCGUUUGGCCUGAAAAUGAUAAAUUAUGGUUAAUGGAAUAUAUAUUCACUGGAAGGGGGGAAUAAAAGUAAUCACAAAUUAUAACUUACUGCAAUUGUUUUCUCUUUGAUGCCUCCAACUGGCAAAAUCUUUCCCAUCAAAGACACUUCUCCUGUCAUGGCCACAUCCUGUCGAAUAGGACUGUUCUUGGCCAAUGAGAGUAAUGCAGUCACAAUAGUGCAUCCAGCACUAGGCCCAUCUUUGGGAGUGGCACCCUUUAACAAUAGGCUACUUUUACAGACUUACAAGUAAAAUAAAAGUGGGUAUACAAGAAAUGGCUUACCUCAGGGACAUGGAGAUGUAAAUGACUUGAAUAAAGGAAAUUAUUUUUAGGA